AUGGAAGUGGACCGUACCGAUCCAUACUACAUGUUUAAUAUUCUCGUGGUGAUAUUUCUCACGGCGCGAUUAAUAGUGUCAUCGUUACCAUGUACAAGUUUGGCGUGGGAAUGUAACCAAGUAAGGACCAGUCGAAAGGGAAUUGCUGGGAAUCUAUUAGGAGUCGCCAAGCAUCGCUUAAUCAUACCGUGCAUGUGUACAGACGACACAGCACGUUAG